AUGCCCUCCCUAACGCUUCCCCCCGAAUACCCUCCCCGCGCCGAUCUCCGCGCCGACAUCUCCAAACCCCUCCCCUUCAUAGCCCAUCCUUUCUCCUCCUCCUCCUCCAUAACCCCCGCCGAAGCCACCAGCUAUGCCUCCGCCCUCCUCGCCGCGUUCAACGACGCCACGCACGCAGGCGAUGCCAAGAAGCUGGCUGACUGCUUUUAUGAGGGGCAGGCGUAUUGGAGGGAUAUACUCGCGCUGACGGCGCAUUGGCGGACGUUUGAGAGGCCGGGGGUUAUUGCGGCGGCGUGGGUGGAGAUGGUGGCGUUGAGGGGGGUGAGGGGGGAUGUGGAGGAGAUGACGGGGAAUGGGAAUGGGGGAGCGAGGUUUGUGAGGGCGUCGGAUACGCUGCAAUUCAUCGAAUGCGACAUCUCCUUCACGACCAUCCAGCCCGCGGCAACCUGCGGCGGGAAGCUGGUGCUCCUGCCUGUGAAGACGACGGGCAAGGAAACGCUGGAGUGGAAGAUCUGGGUGUUGCGGACGUGGAUCGAGAGCCUGGGCGUGCAGGCUGAGGACGAGAAGUUGUUGAAAGCACCGGGGCUGGAGCUGGAUGAUUUGAAGACGAUUGAGACGGAUGUUGUGGUUGUGGGGGGUGGAAGCGCGGGAAUCACGAUAUCAGCGCGCCUCAAAGCGCUGGGAGUGGAAAGCGUCGUGAUCGAUAAAAACCGCCAGGCUGGCGAUAAUUGGCGGUCGCGGUAUGAUUGCUUGAAGCUGCAUGUGCCGACGUCGAACUGCGAGAUGCCUUACCUCGGUUACAGCAAAGAGCUGCACACCCCCCACCUCCUAACCCGAGAAGAACUCGCAGACCACCUCGUGAAAUACGUCGCGGAGUUUAACCUGAACCUCCUCAACUCGGCCGCGAUCCAGACCACUACGUACGACACGGUGACCAAGCGAUGGACGGUGGAGAUUCAUACGCCGAGUGGCAGGAAGACGAUCGUGGCGAAGCAGCUUAUACAGGCGACGGGAAUUGGAGCACAGAAGCCUUACUUGCCGUCUAUAGCUGAUGCGGACAAGUAUAGGGGGAUUAGUGUGCACUCGGUGGAUUAUAGGAAUGCGGAGGAGCUGGCGAAGCGAGGUGCCAAGGCGACGAUCGUAGUCGGCUCCGCCAACACCGCCUUCGACAUCAUGAGCGACUGCCACCGCGCCGGGCUGCAGACGACCAUCGUGGCGCGGUCGCCCACCUAUCUCUUCCCCGUGCAGUACAUCUUCAGGGCAUUGGCCCUGUUCGACCAGAUACCGCUCGAGCAGGCCGACAGGGCGAUGGCGACUUUCCCGACGGCGGUGGAGGGCGAGCUGAUACGGGCGUUGUUCGCGCGGCUGGCGGAGGCGGAACCCGACCGCUACACCGCCCUCGCUAAAACCGGCUUCCCCCUCAUCGACAGCCGCCACCCCGACGCGAACCUCCAGCACUACCUCGCCGAGCGCGCCGGCGGCCACUACAUCUCGUUCGAUGCCGACGUUGCGCUCUUGGCCGAGGGGAAGGUAGGCGUAAAAGCUAAUGUGGAGCCUGCUGCUUACACGAGUACGGGGUUGAGGUUUAGCGAUGGGACGACGGUGGAGGGGGAUGCGGUGGUGUGGUGUACGGGGUUUGCGGAUAGGGAUGUUAGGGGAGUUUGUGGGGAUAUACUUGGCGGCGGUAAUGGUGGCGAUGGUGACAAUGGUAGCAAUGGUCAUGGUAAUGGUGAUAGCGGUACUGCGCCAACGAAGCUAGGGCCCCGAGACAUCGCGGCCCGCGUCGACGCUACCUGGGCCGUCGACGCCGAGGGCGAGAUCCGCGGCAUGUAUAAGCGCCAUUUGCGCAUGGAGAACUACUGGGUUGUGGGAGGCCCGUUGGCGCAUCAGCGCUGGGGGUCGCGGGCGCUCGCGCAGCAGAUUAAGUUGGCUUUGGAGGGGUUGUUGCUGCCUGCGUAUCGGGAUACGCCGAAGGUGGUUGGAUAG